CUUGUCCAUUACUAAAAUGGGAGACAGAAUUAUUUCAAACUGACAGAUAACUAAGCUAUAAUGACAGUGUUUUUUCCUUGCAAUGCUGGAAGAACAUGCCCUGAUAGUGAUCAACGAUAUUCUUGAAAUGCUGUCUAAUAAUGAAAAGCCAAGAUGUGUUUAUCUAUACAUUGUAUAAUGUAUUUAUAUAAUUUAGGCCCGUGUUUUACUCUGGAGAACAUGCAUACAGAUGGUGUUGGAAUAGAUUAAAAGUUAAGGAUGGUGUUUAGCAUGUCUAGAUAACGGCGUAUAAAGUUAGCUGUCAAAGUUUUUCUCCACGAAACAUAUUUGUGCUUCUCGAGCUCUUCACCAAGUCUUUGCUAGGCGCUAGCUGCAGCAAUUCACCUCCAUACAGCCUUCAGUUCUACAGGUAAGUUUUAAUACAUCCUCAGGGCAUCAUCAUCUUCAUCUCAUCAUGAAGUCAUUGGUCGCAGUUAAGUAUUACAUUCCCUCCUUUGGUAACAAGUCUCUCUUGAUGAGAUUACCACUGGAUCAUUUAUACAUUUUACUGUCUCCUGAACAGAUGUGUUAUUUAGAUUGGCGUGUUCUAACAGGUAUCACGUAGCCUAAGCUUUAAAUCAUCUGGCCUUAAUCUUGUAGUCUUACCUUGAUAGUUUUCGACCCUGUCUCACAUUUAUAAUCUAUGCUAAGCUUCCUUUCUCAUAAAAGUAACUUUCCCCAGGCCCGGUUUACCAAGAGCUGCUGAUAUCCGGUCUUGUUGUAAAGGAUCCAGCAAUGAAGGUUAACUGGAACUUCAGAUCACAUCUGGCUCAUGAACAGAAUACAAUAAAACGCCAACCAGGGUCCAUCAGAGUAGGGGCAACAGGCAAGGUGAGCACCCUGAUGACUCAUGAAUUAGACGAAGUCAAAGGCUCAUCAAGCCAUCAUGUGUCUCGUAAGAGAAACACUCAAAACUUCCCAGUUACAGUCUAUUGUGGCGAGUCCAGAAGACAAGCUUGUUAUCAGUCUGGAAACUCUACAACAAGUACUGGUCAAAGAGCAGAGACUCGACAAAAGCAGCAGCACAACAUGAGGCAUACGGGUCGUGACAUUCCUGUGUUUGCUUCAGAAGAUGCCUCUGUACAUAUGAAACCUGUUAGAGAUGAAAAGAGAAAGCCUCAAUAUAUUGAGGUUGUGGACCUGAAAUGUGGGACAAGUCUUAAGAAAGCUUGGUCUCGGCACACUACCAAGAAUAGAAGCCUCAAAUUCUCUAGGCUUUCUGUGUCUAAUUGAAUAUAAAAAAGGCUUAAAUACACUUUAACCCUCCAAGUUGACACCAAUAUGCACAUGAACCCCUCAAGUACCAUUUUGUACGGUCCAGCCCCUCAAGUGCGAGAUUUGUAUGCUUCAACCCUCCCACUUCUUUUCCAGCUUCAAUGUCUGACAUGUUACCGUUGUUGAGGAAGGGUAGUGUGGGCAGCUUGUUUCAUGGAAGUUCAGUGUACACAUUAACCCCGUUCUAGUUUCAUGUUUGGACAGUGUGGGUGUAUAUAUAUAUAUGUGAUGCCUACCCUAAUCUCUCCAUCUCUGUAACAGCUUGCUUAACUUCUUAAAAAUGAGCCGCACACUUGAAGAAUGUGAUGCAAUCCUUGAUCUGGCCUGUGACUGCGACCUUAUGAGUGUUGUGAGGACUAGGUGGUACGGGCCGAACGCAGGGCGGAGGUUUCGAGAGUGUCCUGAUGAAGAGUGUGGCUUUCACAAAUGGGUUGAUGAACCACCCACCGAGCGCACACUGGAGAUAAUCAAGGAGCUGAAGGAGCGCGAUUCAAAGCACCUCGAUCAGGCAGGGAGACGCCGAGAGCGUUUGGUAGCUUGGUACGAAGCUAGGCUGACUGCUGAGAAAGAGAAACACGAGAACACGCUUGCUGGGCUGCUACUUUUGUGUGAUGUGGUGAAGGAAAUUACCCUUCAAACAGAGGGCCCAGAAAACCCAGGUCCCUUGUAUGUAGGAGAUUCGGAGGAUUCCGAGUAGAGCACUUUAAUGUUGCAUACUUGGCGAUGGGUAUGGUGGCCUCUGCUGGCAUUGAUUCGAAGAAGAUUAUGCAGUUUUUAAGUUGUAUUUCAAAGUCUAUGUGAAAAUCUGUUAAGUUUGGUUAGUUUGGUAAGUUUGUGCCUGUCAACAAUGUUUGUAUGUGUUAAGUUAGCUUAAUUAUGUUUGUAUUUCAACUGCUUAUGAAUGAAGACUAUGU